GAAAUUUGAGAAAUGAAAAUUUUCAUUUUUUUUUCUUCAAAAUCUAAAUAUCCGAACCCGAUCCGAAAUAACCGAAACCGAACUUAAAAUACCCGAACCCGACCCGAAGUACAGAAAUACCCGAACGGGUUCUACACCUCUAUACCGAAAUACCCGAAAAUCCGAAAUACCCGAUCCGAACCCGAACGGGUACCCGAACGCCCACCCCUACUGUAGUAACUCCAAAGAGCACCUCAUCAUUUUUAUAUUUAUAUUUUUUGUUUUGUAAGUAAAAUUAAAUAGAAAAAUAUAUCAAACCAUAUAAAAAUUGACACCUAUCAUUAGAGUUUCUUACAUUGCCAACAUAGUUUCUUUGUAAAGGAUUGUCUCCCAACUUUAUUUUGUCUCUCUCUUGUUUUCUUAAUUUUUGUCAAUCUUUUUUAAACAAUUUUUUAAUCUUUUAUAUGGAGAAACAUAUGGAGAAACACACAUCUAUUAGAUCAGCUCCACUGAGAGUAUUCAAAGGAGUAUCUAAAUAAAAUAAAAAAUAAAAAUAAAUGUAAAAGAAAAAAAUUAAAUCAAAAUUAUAAUAUCCGGUUCUCUGAACUCAUCUCUUUAGAAUCCAUAGAAUCUGACACUUGUCAAUUUAUGGUUGGCUAAUAUUAUUGUUAAUAAAACCAAAAAUACCUAAAAUUUUAAUCUUAGUUAUAUGCAUUAUAUGAUAUUAAAAAUAAUUUUACAUUUUUUGUAUAAAUCUUAAAAUAAAAUUAGAUAUCUAACAAGAUUCAUUAUUCAUAAAUUAAAAUAAUGUAUUAAUACUACUGUAAAUUGAAAUGAUUGAAGUUUAUGCAAUAAUAGUAUAUUAUUUUUUAAUUAAUGUAAUAGUUAAAACUAUAAAUUUCAAACUAAAAAUAUUAUUAGGAUUUGAUACUAUUAUUAAUUAUUAUUAUUUCUUUUAUUAUUGGUAUUAUUAUAAAUAAUAUAUAUAAAUAAAAUUAACUAAAUAAAUAAAUAAUUUUAAGUAUAAUUGCAUAUGUUUAAAUUUUAUUUAGAUUUAAGAAAAGUUUUCAAGAAUAUUUUUUCUAACUUAUAUUACAUUAAAAUAAAAUUAAAAAAAAAUCAUCAUAUAAUAGUGAUGAGAAACUUAGUGGGUAUCUUACCAUUAGAGAUAACAAUUUUAGUAUAGUUUAUUAACCUAAUUUUUACUUAACAUAAUAUUAUCAUAUUAGUUAGAUACUUAGAGCAUAAUUAAUGUGAAUCUCUUAGAAUAUGGUUUUUAGCAUAAUAUAAGAAAUUUCUCUUAGCUUUUAACUAAGAAAAACUAAGAAACGUCUUUUAAAUAAGAGAUAUAAGACCAUCCGCAUUAGCGGUUUAUAACAGGUUCGUGGGCUCGAAAUCUUAGGCCCGGUGGAUUUAAAAAAAAAAAGAAAAAUGCUAUUAGUUUGAUGAAACGGGCCUUGCGCAUGAACCCGUAAGGGGCGGAUUUUGCCACGCGGCGUACGCUGGUAGGUCAAGCGUUCCGCGUUGACGAGGAGGAAAGUCGGGCCACGUCGUGUUUCUUCUCAUUUUCCCCUUUCUCUGAAAAUACUAGGGUUUCACCGUGAGAGGCGACUUUUCGUGCGACGACGAUUCCCGGCGAUUUUCUCGACGUAAUCGACGACGAGCUCUUCUAUCCACGAGCGUAGGUGAGUACCUUGUAGGUUUAUAGCUUUAUUGGGUCGAUUUCGGGGUGGGAAGCAAUUAUUCGAUUUUGAAAAAAAUUUGGGGGUUUCGAGCAAGGGAUAUAAAUCGAUAUAGGGGUUUCGAUUUUGUGAUGGUGGUUUGUUUUAAGGUUCAUUUCUUUGGGAUCUAAAUCGAAUUGUGAAAAAAAAAAUAUUGGAGGAUUAGACCUUUGAACCGAAUUUUUGACAUAGCAAUAUAGAUAGCAUCAAUGGUUACUAGUCGAUUAACAGCUUCAGUAUGCUUUCUUGAAUGGAAAAACAAACCACAUUUUUGAUUUCUAUAGUUCUGUGGUCUUGUGUGGUCUAUAGUAGUUGGAUGCCAUUUUUUUAAAUUGGAACUCAAUUAAUACAUGUAAUUGGAACUCGAUUGUUGCAGAUGGAAACUCCCCGAGAACCUCAUUUCUUCAAGCCUCUUCUUCCUGGUUUUCAAAGUGGCGUGGCAAUACCACUUGACUUCUACUCAAAACACAUACAAGGGGCUGAGAUCAAUAAACCAUGGAAGCUAAGAUCGGACGCUUCGGAUCAAAUUUGGGAGGUGAUCCGAGAAGGCAGGACACUCACCAAAGGUUGGAAAGAGUUCACCGAAGCACAUGAUCUUCGAAUCGGUGACAUUGUCAUCUUCAAACACGAAGGAGACAUGGUCUUUCAUGUGACUCCUUUUGGUCCUAGCUGUUGUGAGAUUCAGUAUACAUCCUCACAUCGUUAAGGAAGAAGCCGACGCGGAUGAUGCUCCUACUUUCUCAUACGACUACUGCUUCUUGGCUGAGGUUACUGCUACAAAUCAAAAGGACGACAAAAUGGUGAGUAAAAUUUUGACUAUGUUACACACAAUAUUUAGUUAUUUCUUUGUUUGUAGUACUGCUUCUUGGCUGAUGUUAUUUCUGUGUUUGUAGUUUCUUCCUGUGGAAGCUAUGUGGUGUGGUGCUUUGAACCAACAAUGCAAAGAGGUCAAACUUGUCAACAAGGAGGGAAAGUCAUGGACUGCGAGCUUCGGAUUUAGCGAAUCAGACGGCGCAUAUUACAUCAGCAGAGGGUGGAGAAAGUUCUGUCGUGAUAACAGAUGCACCAACGGAGCUUUGUUUGUGUUCAACGUGGUUGGAGACGGGACGACAACUCCAUUACUGUGUGUAUGUACGGAAAGGAAGGAGUGUACUGAACUACUGAUCAACCACUUCAGCAGAAUCGAUGGUAAGUCUUCUCAUUUGACUUGUUUGUGUUGUCUAUAUCUUCAAUGUUACUACUUUGCUUCUGCUUUAACUUGUGUUCUCUUCUUCUACAGGUAGCAUUGCUUCUACCUCACGAAAUUAGAUGGCUCUUUUGCGGUCUUUCCUCUCUAUCAUCUUAACUUGUUUCUUUUUGUUUCAUUAGCAACUUAUCAACUUAUGUAUUUCGGUUUGUAAAACUUGAAUGGUUUUUCUAUGUGAACUUUUAUGCUAAGUUAAACAUUCUCGAACAAGAAUUCCUUUGUUGAAUGCGUAGACUGAUCAUCGAACAAAAUGUUUCUAUGAAUUGAAUUUAAGUUAAGAAACAACGUAAAUUUUUAAAACAUAGCUUUUCUACAUCUGAAAACACAAACCAAAAUAUUAAAACAUAUCUCGAAAGCCAAAACUUAAACUCCAAAACUCUAACAUAGCUUUUCUACAUCUGAAAACACAAACCAAAAUAUUAAAACAUAUCUCGAAACCAAAACUUAAAAUCCCAAACUAAAACAUAGCUUUUCUACAUCUGAAAUGGCACUCUUUAUCCCGAUGAUAUGUUCGAGAUUUAGAGAAUCAUGAUCGUUUGAAAGCUGAUUUAGUCGAAAAUAUUUGGCAAAAGUUUAGUUUCUCGUUUUAUGUAAUCUACUCUUAAUGUAUUGAAUAAAAUGUUUUCAUCAAUUUUAUAAUAUAUUUUAAUAUUUUAUUCAUGAAUUCUGAAUAAUUUUUAAUUUAAAAAAAUAAAAAAAUAUUAUUAUUUUAUUCCUAUGAACUCUUUCUUCGGGUUCACUAAUGCAGAAAACAACAAAUUCGGGUUCAUAACUGUUCAUGGAUCCACAAAAAAAUAUUAAAAAAAUUUGGUGAACCCCAAAGUGGGGUUCACCAAUGCUCAUGCUAAGAGCAUCCGCAAUGGUGAGUCUCACCAUGGAGUCCUUAGCAUUAUUAUAAUAAUUUUUUUUUGUUUGAAUAGUUAAGGAUCCUAAUCCAAAAGGUAUGUCCAAUGGUGUUCUCCAAUUUGAAGUCCUUAGGAAUUAAAAAAUAAUAAUUUUUUGUAUAAAAGUGAAAUUAAUUUUUUUUAUAAAAGUGAAAUUAAUUUUUUUUUAAUUGCAUGAUUAAAUAUAAAGAUACAACAUUUAUUAAUCUUCAUUCACCAAAUUUGUUCCAAAUAUUUUUAAUUAAAUCAUUUUUCAAUCGUUGAUGUAAAUGCUUAUCGUGAACAUCAUCCCGAAUGCCGAGCAUAUUAUGGAUAUUUGUAGGCCUCUCGGUAUCCACCCGUGAACUUCUGCUGCAGUCUCCUUCUUCAAAUUCAUAUAGAUCGUACCGAAUGUACCCAUCUCGUUCGUUUUCGACUAUCAUAUUGUGUAGUAUGAUACGUGCUCGCAUAAUCUUCCCUAUCUUUUUUGUCCAAUGAAAGAGACGGAUUUUUCACAAUCACAAAUCGAGCUUGCAAUACUCUAUAAGCCCGUUCCACAUAUUGUGUAGGUCUCUCUUUAGCUAAUUUCUUUUGCUAAAAUAUAUAUUAUAUACUACUUUUUUGUUGACACAGAAUUUCAAAAUUUACUAGAAGUAACGAAAUCGAAACUCAGUUGCUUAUAUUUCUAUAUUGCGCAAAAUGUUACCCUUUAGAUUGUGUGUUUUCGUUUUGUGUUGGAGUAAACAAACCAUUAUAUUUGAGUGAUUAAUCUAAACGUCCUACACAAUUAUAUAAAGAGAAGUAUAUGUGUAUUUACCUUCACAAUCUAAACUUCCGACUUUUUUUCCUCCACUACGAAACACAAAAGCCUUACAUCCAUUCACAAGUAGCCACGUACCAUAAGGAUCAAGUCCUAAAAUUCCUUAGAGCACCCGCAACCGUGGAUUUUGAUCAAUCCUUAGACCAAAUCCGUAGGAUUAGGGUAUUAAAAAAAUAAUAUUUAUGCUUAAUGGAGGAAGGACUGGGCCGUCGCGAGGGUUUAGACGGAUCGAAUCCUUAGACACGUGGCUUCUUCUGAGUGGGUGCGUGGGCUAUGCGUUUGGGUGGGGUCAAAAAAAAAGUCAUUUUCCAUCGAAACCGAAAAAAAAAAAAAGUUAAGGAGAGAAAGGCGAUUUACAGGCGAUCUCUCUCGAUCUCGCUCCCUCGGCUCCAGCUAAGGUAAAUCGAAGCUUUAACUCCUAGAUUUCUUGAUUAAGAUCACUCUUCAUGUUCUCUGUUCUCUAUUAAGGGUUUGGUGGUGUGGUUUCGACAGAAUUUAGUUAAAUUGAGAAAUUAGGGUUUGGAAAAAUUUUGGGGAUAAAUCGUUAUUUCUUGUUUAUGGAUUGUAUCGGUCUCGGAUAUCCUCUUUGUGUCUAUACGGAUUGAAACAGGUUGUAGUUUCAAGCGAUUUGCCGUUUCUUAACUGUUUUCAAUUGAAACCUUUUUAGUGAUAUUGUUAUCUUAUAUGUGUUCGAAUUCACUUUGUUGAUGUUUUUUUCGUUCCUUCUAGCCAGUUUGCUUCCUUCUCGUCAAUUUGCUUUAACUCUAGUGGUUGUUUAACUCUGUCUGUUUUCAAUUUCUUUUCAGGUUUACGAUAAUGGGACAAUACAGUUACAGCCAGCCAUCUUCAUCAUCAAACUCUCAAGACUUAAACUCCCUCCUUCAAGCCGAAGCAGAGAUGUACGCGGCUGAAGCUGAGAUAAGUCAGUGGAAUGCAGAGGCCAUUCACAACGAACCAUCACCAGAGGGUGAUGAUGGAAUCCCCAGGACAUGCUACUGUGGGUCGGAGCCUGUUCACAGUUAUUCCCAAACUCCUAAAGAUCCAUACCGACGGUACAUUACGUGCCCCAAUGCUGAUGAUGGAGACUGCCACGUCUGGAAAUGGUGGGACGUGGCCGUCGAGGAGGAGAUGAGGGACAUUCAGACGGAGCUUAGUGAGCUUAAGGGUGAAGCCAAUGAGCGUGAGCAGAAGCUGCUCAUCCUUGAGAAGAGAAUAGGCGAGCUUACAAAGAAGAAAUCAGGAGCUAAGCUAAUGGUCUUUACCAUAGUUUUAGUAGGGUUGGUGUUACUUAUAAAUGUGCUAGGUUAGUUUCUUUAAUUGUUUCAUCUCUUUUAGUUAUCAAAUUUUAUAGUUUGAGAAAGUUGAUUGUUUGUUCUUCUUUUUCAGGAAAAAUUGAGAAGGAUUCAAAGGAGUGGGGCGUACCAGCUAUGUUUCUUUAACGAGGUAAUUUUUUAACUUUCUGGUGUUUUAACUAUUGAAAACUAUUAGUGGUGUUUUAGAAACCGGAAGGAAAAAUAGCUACAAAACUUAAGUUGAUAGCUACGGUUGCGGGUUUACUUAGUCAAAGAGUUAAUGAAACUCAAUUGCUUUCCACCCUAUGAGUUGGUUUGAUUUGAUGUGCUUUUAUUGGUGUAGAAUAGUUAAAAAACUUAAGUUGCUAGUAGCUACCAUUGUACUUUACUUAGUAGAAUAGUUAAUGAAACUCAACUGCUGUGGUGUGAUUGCUUUUAAUUAGUUAAGUGAUAGAAGGCUUAUUAAUAAGCCCUCUGUGUCGCUAGUAGAGUGUCACAGAGAAGCAAUUGAAACCAUGGCUAAUAACUCACAAAGUUUUACUAGCUUUCUCCUUAGUCAAAAUACAGUUGACCUUGAUUCACCAGAACCUUUUUGUUUCGGUAGUCAAGGUCCUGAUGUGUCUGGUAGCGAGGUUCCUGUUGCGUCUCCUGUGCUGUCUGGUACCGACGUUGGUGCUAAGUCUGGUGUGAAUUCUAACCCUGAGAGGAGGAAAUGGACUCUAGCAGAGGAUAAAAUCCUUAUUGGUGCUUGGCUAAACACCAGUAAGGACCCUGUGGUGAGCAACGAGCAGAAAGCCGGUGCUUUCUGGUUCCGUAUAGUUGAGUACUACAACGCCAGUCCCCUCCUCGCUGGGACAAUACGGAGAGAACUAAUGUCUUGCAAGCAGAGGUGGGCAAGGAUAAACGGCGACGUUGCCAAGUUUGCUGGCUCCUAUGAUGCGGCUCUGAGGGAGCAGAGAAGUGGGCAAAACGAUGAUGAUGUGAUGAAAACGGCGUUAGACAUUUUCUUCAAAACGUUCGGCUACAAGUUCGCCAUGGAUCACUGCUGGAGGGAGCUGAGGCACGACCAGAAAUGGUGCUCCUUAUAUCCGGCAAAGGAGAAGCGCAAACAAGCUGUGGAGGUGGAUAGAGAAGAAGAGCAGUUUGUCGAUCCAGAGGUUAGACCACCAGGGGUAAAGGCUGCGAAAGCUGGUAAGAAGAAGAAGAGUGGCAGGGAGGAGGAGUUGUCGCAGCUACAGGGGGUUUUAGAAAUUAAACAAAAACUGUCAAAACAGAAGCUUCUUGAUCGUUUACUCGCAAAAACAGAACCUCUCUCUGAAAUGGAAAUCAGUCUUAAGCUCAAACUAAUGUCAGAAAUGUUAUGAUCUUUUAUUAAUCUUGCUUUUUAGGUAUUAUAACUAUUUUGUGUACUUGAUCACUCUGUUAUUUGAUCGAAAUUGAUAUUUUUUAAAAUGCUUACUAACUCUUGUCACUCUGUUUUGACAGGUUGACGCAUGUGGGAAGGAGUCACGGGUGCAUUUGGUCUGUAGCUCUUGUGGGAAGGAGUCACGGGUGUUGCAGGAGCCACGGGUGUUGUAGGAGUCACGGAUGACUCUGUUUCCUUUAGUAUAAGUAGUAGUGUUGUAGUUGUCUCUGAGAGUUUGUAUUAAUCAACUCUCUUUGUUUUCCUCGGAGCUGUUCUUAUCUACCACUGCACUGAAGUUUAGGUAAUCUACUCUAUUUGUUUUCAAACUUGGAAAAAAAACGUGUAUCCUCUAUAUUUGAAUGAUUGUCUGAUCCCUUCUAGUAUUUGCUUGUUCGGACUAAUACCAUCUAAUAAUAUUUAGAAAUUCCUUCUAGUGCACAUUUGAACCAUAUAGAGUUUCAAAUGACUAUGAUUGAUACGUUUUAAAUGGUAUCACGAUAAUGAGUCUACACGUUUUAAAUGGAUGUGAACAUAUAAUAGUUAGAAAUUCAGUUGAUUACGAUCACGAUUAUGAGUCUUGGGUUGUAGUCUUACUUGAAAUUAUUAUUAGCCUGUAGCACAAAUUUGAUUACGAGUCAAACCAAACCAAUAAUGAACUUUAAUGUGGAGUAAACCAAUGAAACCAAUGUUGAAAUUUAAUGAAAUUUGAUUAUGUAACAUUGCCCUUUUGUUUAAAAUAAUAUUUUGGUUAAAACUAUAAUAAAAAUGUCU